ACAAGUCGUACUUACACGGAUUUCUAAUGGUCCUUUCUUUAUUGUGUCCGGAGAGAAACAAAUUUGCCUGAUGCAAACCGUUCGUCCUAGUAAGCUACGGAAGCAGGUGAAACUGGGGAGUGUUGACAGCAAGGGAGGAAGGUUCGCCUCUCACUGUGACACACCAUGGCCUAUAGUGUCAGGAGAGACUCUCCUGAGCUCCCCGACUUCUCGCUGCUCAAGAGACUGGCUCGGGAUCAACUAAUCUACCUGUUGGAACAGCUCCCUGGGAGAAAGGACCUCUUCAUAGAAGCUGAUUUGAUGAGUCCUUUGGAUCGUAUUGCAAAUGUCACAACACUAAAGGAACAUGAAGUUGACAAACUCUACAAAGUGGAAUAUAAACCCAUCUUUAGCACUUCAGAUCAACUUUGCUUCUUGAUACGUCCAAGAAUACAAACUGUCAAGUGGAUCUGCGAUGUGGUGAAUGCAGACAAGACUGACGGAAAAUUCAGACGAUACAAGAUAAUAUUUACACCUCAGAAGUUUUUUGCAUGUGAGACUGUGUUGGAGGAGCAGGGAAUUUUUGGUGAUGUCACUACUGAUGAGUGGGCAUUCUAUCUCCUUCCUUUGGACGAGGACAUCAUCAGUUUGGAACUACCAGAGUUCUUCCGAGACAAUUUUCUGGAAGGGGACCAGCGCUGGGUAAGGACAGCUGGCAGUGCCCUACAUCUCCUUCAUUCCCUUUAUGGCCCCUUCUCUAAAGUCUAUGGAAUUGGACGAUGUUCCAAGAUGGUAUAUGAAUCGUGGCGGGAGCAGGCUGAAGAGGGGGAACAAAAAGCUCGUCAAGCUGAAAUUGGAAAUGUUUUUUUUAUUGACAGAGAUGUGGACUAUAUUACUCCCCUGUGCUCCCAAGUAGUCUAUGAAGGGCUGGUGGAUGACAUAUUCAGAAUUAAAUGUGGUUGUGUGGAGUUUGGACCCGAUGUAACGUCUUCUAGCAAAAGCAUGAAAGUGAUGCUGAACUCUCAAGAUAGGGUGUUCAAUGAAAUCAGGAAUGAGCAUUUCUCCAGCGUGUUUGGUUUUCUCAGUCAGAAAGCCAAAAGUCUGCAGACGGCAUAUGAUAAACGACGUGGGAUGGACAUUCAACAGAUGAAGGCUUUUGUUUCAGACGAACUCAAAGUUCUUAAACAGGAACAUCGUCUGCUGAGUCUGCAUAUUAGUGCCAGUGAAUCGAUAAUGAAGAAGAAAACGAAACAGGACUUUCAGGAAAUGUUGAAGACAGAGCACUCCUUACUGGAAGGGUUUGAAAUCCGUGAAAGUAUUUCCUUCAUAGAAGAACACAUUAAUAGGCAGGUCUCUAUGGUAGAAAGUCUGAGACUCCUUUGCCUCCUGUCUCUCACGGAAAAUGGGCUCCUGCCAAAAGAUUAUCGAUCCCUAAAAGCACAGUAUCUACAGAGCUAUGGGGUGGACCAUAUCCUCACCUUUACAAACUUGAGGCAGUUAGGACUGCUGGUGGAGCAGCAACCAGGGGAGACACUGACAGUAAUGGAGAGCAAAGUGGGCAAACUGGUCAAUGACAAAACUGCAGGAAAGCUGACUGAUGCCUUCUCUUCUUUGGCAAAGAAGAGCAAUUUCAGAGCCUUGAGCAGAAGACUUAAUCUGGUGCCUAAAUCAGAUGAAGAAUAUGAUCUGCGUGUCCCACGAGACAUGGCUUAUAUUUUCAGUGGGGCUUAUAUCCCUCUCAGCUGCAAACUUAUUGACCAGGUAUUGGAGCGAGAUGGCUGGACAGGACUUGAAGAAGUCACCAGGAUGCUUAAUGGUCACGAAUUUGCUUUCACAGCAGGCAGUAAUGGAGCUGAGACAAGAGCGAAGACUGAUGCCCAGCGUGUCUUCCUUGUUGUGUUCCUGGGUGGAUGUACCUUCUCUGAGAUCUCUGCUUUACGUUUCCUUGGUAGAGAAAGAGGUUACAAAUUUAUUGUGGUUGCCACUGCAAUUACAAACAGUGCACGACUUCUGGAGGCUUUGCUGGAUAAUCAUGUGUGAUUCCGUGAACACACAACCACGUCAACACAACUCACCAUGGACUGGCUUUUGAAACAUUCCUGCUGUCACCUCCCAUGUGUCAUGCACCAUUCGGAACAUCAAAUGAGAAAUUACCUUACCCGAUUGGAAUUCUGUCUGUUGCUGCAAACAAAGUGUCCCUUCUAUCAAUUCAUAUGUAAAUAUGUACAGAAUAAACAA